AUGGCGAAUGGACUAGGUCCCUCGCGCAUAUACCUCACCCAGUCGACUCCACCAGACCCCAGAAACGAACAGACGAUUGAACACCUCAUUUACACCUCACAUGAAAUAUCGAACGCAUCGAAAACAUCGAAAGACGGGAAAACAACGGCAUCAAAAGGCCCGACACAAAAGCUUGAGGCAGAUCACCCGGCCUUCAAAUGCACCGCCCAGCUAUCGCACCGCGAACGCCUCGAGAGGGCGGCAGCAGCCGGAGUCUGCCUUCGGUGUCUGAAACUGAAGCACAUCGCCAGAAACUGCAGGGAGGGCCACAAGAACAACUGCCGAUUUUGCAACGCCAAACACUACGCAAUAAUUUGCAGCAAAGCUCCCAUCAACCAGAACGAACCCGCCACGCGGGUGACUUCAGUCAACCACAGCGCAGACCCCAGGGAAGAAUCAACCUUCUUGUGGACAGCCCAUGUGAUCGCCGAGAGCGGCUCAACCAGCAGCUUAUGCCGUAUUCUCAUCGACCCAGGGUCGGAGUCCUCCCACAUCACAGAAGCGAUGGCGAGGAAACUCGACUCCCAACCGACCACCCAUCUCGACAUGGCGAUGGCGACAGCGGGUGGCCAGGUCACGAAUAUUCACAGCUGCGGAGUCCACGACAUCGUACUCCGAAGCAGAUACGACCCCAAUAAUUCCCUCAGGCUCAGUGCCAUCGAACUAAAGUGCAUAUCUCGCACGAAGUUCCCAAUCCUCAGGGACAACCUGGGACCCUUCCCUGCAGCCGACCAGGUCGAGAUCGGCGAAUCGGAGUACGUCGACAUCUUGCUGGGAGUAAGGAACUCGUCGCAGACAGGCUUCGCGAACCCAAAGACGCUGAACCGAAUAUUCGCGUUCGAAACAAUCUUCGGAUGGAUAUUCGGCGGCUCUGAGGGAGCAUCGCGGACCCUCAGUCCAUUGCCGAAAUUGUGCGGGUUCGCCUCGGAGCAACCGAGCUCACCAAUAGGUCUCAGCGACGCUGCCCUCUCCCCUACCGGGCCCAUGAGUCUCUCAGAGGACGAGCUCCCAGAGUGCACGGUGUCGAAAAACACCAAGAAGGACAUCGAAUGCCUAUGGAAACUCAAGGAGAACCCAGUCAAGCUCAGGGCGGUUGAUGAAGAAAUCAAGAACUACAUCAACGCGGGAUUCGCAGAACCAGCUCAACAAAGAUCACGCGACCAGCUCGCUCACUACCUGCCAAUCCAGGCAGUAUUCAAGGCGAACCCGGAAUCUCCCCUGGGUUUGAAAACCCGAGUUGUCAAGGACGCCAGCGCCAAUCGAUCAAACGAAGCCGGUCUCAACGACGUACUUCAUCAGGGACCGAAUCUACUCCCCAACAAAAUCAACGUGAUACUGAAGUUUCGCCAGUACAGAUACGCCGUAGCGGCUGACAUAGAAAAAGCUUUCCAACAAUUCAGGAUUGCCCCUGAGGAUCGCACCUUCUUACGAUUCAUUUGGCCAUUGGGAAUAUCAACCAACGGGUCAGCCCCAGUGAAAGAAUUUCGGGCGACCAGACUAGGCUUCGGACUGGUCUGCUCCCCAUUUCUACGUUGCCAAGGGGUGCGUUCUCACCUGGAGUACGCACAAUCAAUACAUCCCAAGAACAGGAAAUUCAUCCAAGAGAUUAUCGACACUUUCGAUAUGGAUGACAUCUGUCUAGGCAGUGAUAACCUCGAAAACGCGAAAUACAAAGUUUCGCUCCUAUUCGACAUCUUCCAGGAAGCACACAUGCCCAUCAAGAAAUGGGCUUCGAACAGCACAGAGCUGGGAGAAUUCAUCAAGAAGCACUCACCGGUCGAGGCCCCAACAAUAUCCACCGGCCAAUUAGACAGCAAAUUCUUAGGGAUCCCUUGGAACCAACAAAUGGAUCUUUUAUCGGUGCCAGCCACUAAGGCCAUUGACGAACCCCAAUCAGGAACACCUUCAAAAAGAAAACUCCUCAGAGGACUCGCGCAAAUUUUCGAUCCAUCGGGAAUUAUUGGUCCGACAACCAUAAACGCCAAAAUAUUGCUUCAGAAGCUAUGGAAAUCGAAAAUCGGAUGGGACUCAGCCUUAGAUGGCCCGCACGCAGAAGAAUACGCGAGAUUCACGGAUUUGCUCGACAAGGACAAAGUGUCAAUCUCCCGCCACAUGCUUUCAAACACAGGCGACAACUCGCGCAAAGAACUCCACGUGUUCUCAGAUGCCAGCUUAAACGCAUACGGCUGCGUCAUCUACCUCCGAGAGAGCUCUGCAAAUACGAAACCGAUGACUCAUUUCGUUAUGGCGAAAGCUAAAAUAGACUCGACCCAUCUAUACACCGAUAACUCUAGCGUCCUAGGAUGGGUUAACUCGGAACUGGAACGCUGGAAACCAUAUGUAGCCAACAUAAUCCGGCUUAUCCACACUCUCGUCGGCCAGACCGUCUGGAAAUAUGUGAAAUCAGAGGAGAAUCCAGCCGACCUCAUUUCGAGAGGAGCAGACCUCUCUUCCGAUCACAACAGAUCACUAUGGCUAAAGGGACCUCAGUGGUUGGAAUCGCUGACGUCAGACGUCGAGCGCGCACCCGCGAACAUUGUCUUCGGAGACACAUCCGGGAAACAAUUCGAUCCAGAACGCCGGCAGAAUGUCUCCUGCAUGGCAGCUACAUCGGCCAACUCACACUCCACAGGGGAUAUAUUCUUCGAGAAUAAGUUUUCUUCUUGGCUCGAAGCCGUUCGCUUUUGGGCUCUCAUGCAGAGACUCAUGGAGAAGGCACAAGAUGUAAGAGAUCGAGUUGCUCAGGGAAUCAGUUUCCAACGGAAACCCGCGCAAAAACAGGGUAUCCAAUUCGAUACCGAAGAAUUGCUCAGGGCCAAAACAUCUCUACUCCGACUAAUCCAAGAAAAAUAUUUUUGGGAGGAGACAGAAAAUCAAUGCAAGAACGUCAGGCGUACGAGCGUAUUGUAUCAGUACAAUCCGGUCAUGGACCCCGACGGUCUCAUACGAUGUAGAUCUCGCUUAGAGCGUUCCUCAGGGCUAUCCAACAAUCAGAAAUUUCCCAUCAUCCUCCCAGCGAGCUGUGGUCUAUCCAAACUACUUGUCCAAGACAUCCACGAGAGGAGGUGUUUCCACUCAGGGGGGAUAAACUAUAUCCUCCAACAUCUCCGACAAGAAUAUCUUGUAAUCCAUGCGAGAAAAAUUGCUCGCCAGGUCGUGAAGGCAUGCGCCACAUGCAAGAUCUUCCACGCAGAAGCAGCAAGCCUGCCGACCCCCCCAUUGCCAGCAUUUAGAAUCGAGGAAGCUCCUCCGUUCUACCACUCAGGGUGCGACUUCACGGGUCCGAUAAGAUAUAAGAAAGACUCCGGCGAGGUCGGAAAAGGAUAUAUCCUCCUUUUCACCUGCGCAGUCACCCGAGCGGUCCACCUAGAACUAACAACGGAUCUAUCGACAGUCGAAGUCCUAGGAGCACUACAAAAAUUCAUCAACCGAUUCCCCUCAGUGAGGACUAUAACCUCGGACAACGGUCUGUCUUUCCAGAGAGCAUCGAAAGAACUGAAGCUAAUUUACGAGAACGUCAAGAACGGGGAAAUAAAGAAACAGCUAUCAGACUUGAUGAUCUCCUGGAAAUUCAUCGUACCGAUGGCACCGAACUUCGGAGCCUUCUACGAAAGGCAGGUCCAGACCAUCAAGAGACCACUUCGAAAGAUCCUAGGAUCCGCAGUCCCUCACUUCAGAGACUUAGAAAUAAUCCUCAGCGGAAUCGAAGCGAUGGUUAACAGUCGACCGAUAACUACG